CAUAUACAGAACGAUGGUGUCGAUUAAAAGGAAAUCUUCUAUUUUAUUGUAAAGGAAAUGAAAAGGUAUAGAAAUUACUUUGUUUCGUGCCUUUUUUAUAUAAUUGGAUUAUUUUUAUAUAAGUAUAUAUGAAUUGAAAUUAACAACGAAAACAAACAAGAGAGCGUGAAACAGUUUCAUAUAUAAAGCUCUUGAUUUAAAUUAUUUCUUCAAGUCAUCAUCAGAAUUAUUUUACAAUAGACCUUACCGAUUAUUCUCCUUUACCCAAUGGCCUGGUUUCCAUGUUAACUUAUUUUAGCAUGUCAGGGGCAGAUAAAGAUUAUAUUCCCAUGCUUUCCUGGACGAAUUUGUUUCUUGGUGUUCUUAGGCUCAAUAACAAAGUAAUUUUCAACCUACUAAGCACAAAACAUGAUUAAGUAUUUGACACGAAAACGAGGCCAUUGGAUGAAAAGUGAAUAAACGGUAAGGUCUAUUAAUGAGUAUCAAAUUCCGUGCUGUUUGCAUGUUUGCGUUCUUGCAUUCGUCGGGAGUAUCUGAUAGGUUGCUUAGGUGAUGAUGAUCCAAUUUCAUUGGUAGUUGAAGGAUGGAUUAGGAUUGGAUAGCUGGAUUAAUUUUCUUGCUGAUGGUAUCAUUGAAAUGAUGGGAAUGUGCGUUUCUGGAUGUGACAGGAAGUGUUGUUGGAAAAUUAGUAUAAAUAUUAGUGUUAUUGUUAUUGCUAGUAGUGGCAUUAGGUAGCUUUCUUAGUCGUAGUUAGAUCGUCAGGAUUUCAAUGUGUCGGUGGAUUGUGUUAUUGUCCAUGCUGUGCCAUGCUUCUUUGAAUUCCCAUAGAUGUUUCGUUUUGUGGGUAUCCGGUAGUUCAGCGUGUGUCCGAUUGAAUGCAAACUAAAAUUUUUCUAUAUAUAGUUUCAAAUGUUAUUUAUUAUAAUCUUAUCUUGUUUUCCUUGUCAGACAUCGGAACUUGCUGGCUUGUUAGUUUUGGAACGAUGCAGUAUCAAUAAAGAUCUAAAUUCUAGCAGGAAAUAUGCAUUUUCUCUAGGUAUGUCCGACUUUACUAUACUUUAUAGUGUAAAGAAAAAGUUUCACCAAUACUCGACUAACUACGAAUGCGUAUCUAGUAAACUAACUAUAACAUUACCCUGUGAAAAAAGCGCGUGCGAGCCUGUAACGUAUCGAUUGCGGACGUGCGGAGACGUCCCACGACCAGUAAGUAAGCAUAACCCGUUGCUGAAAAGUCGAUAGACCAGUGACGUUACCCAUUGUAUAAAGGUGCGUUUACACGUAUGUGUAACCCAAUAAGCACACGUAAAAUGGCCGCAUUUCAAAUUUUGCCAUAGACUGAAUUGCAGCUCAAUUCUGGCGUCAGAAGUAAUUUUCAUACGCCAGAAUACGAAUCGUAUAUGAGAAAUUACAGCGUGUAAUUUAACGUAUACAUCAACGUCGUACGACCAGUAACGUUAUCCAUUGAGGGGACGUCGCACGACCAGUAACCUUAUCCAUUGUAGAGACGUCGCACGACCAGUAACGUUAGAGACCUUACGAUUUUAGGACGGCAACGCGACCACAACGGCUACCAAUACAAUAGAUCAUUGAAAAGAAUUGAGUAAUUACAAUAUAUGAAUAAUUUAGACAUUGUCCUCGCUCUGUUUACAACGCUAAAUCACAAAUUUUUAUGUCUUGAUACAACGGCUGCAUUCCAAACCACAAGUGCAACUUCAAACUGGGUUUAGCAGAACUCUUCCCAACCAUAAAACCCAUGUUCAUACGAUUGAUAAUAUACCACGAACUAUCUUUACUACCAUUUAUUUGAAGGAGUUUGUUUUGGCCGUCGCGUUGCCGUCCUAAAAUCGUAAGGUCUCUGUUAUCCAUUUUGGAGACGUUGCACGACCAGUAACGUUAACCAUUCUGGAGACGUCGCACGACCUGUAACGUUACCCAUUGUGGAGACGUCGCACGACCUGUAUCGUCACCCAUUGUGGAGACGUUGCACGACCAGUAACGUUAACCAUUCUGGAGACGUCGCACGACCUGUAACGUUACCCAUUGUGGAGACGUCGCACGACCUGUAACGUUACCCAUUGUGGAGACGUCGCACGACCUGUAACGUUACCAUUGUGGAGACGUCGCACGACCAGUAACGUUACCCAUAUGGAGACGUCGCACGACCAGUAACGUUGCCCAUUUUUGAGACGUCGCACGACCUGUAACGUUAACCACUGUGGAGACGUCGCACGACCUGUAAAGUUACCAUUGUGGAGACGUCGCACGACCAGUAACGUUACCUAUAUGGAGACGUCGCACGACCAGUAACGUUGCCCAUUUUGGAGACGACGCACGACCUGUAACGUUGCCCAUUUUGGAGACGUCGCACGACCUGUAACGUCACCCAUUUUGGAGACGUCGCACGACCUGUAACAUCACCCAUUUUGAAGACGUCGCAAGACCAGUAAUGUUGCCAAUUGUGAAGACGUCGCACGACUUGUAACGUUACUCAUUGUGGAGACGUUACACGACCUUACAUAAUGUAAGUGUUUUUAAAUCUAUUUGUAUUACACCUUGGAAUAUUAAAAAAAGUUUGGAUUUCUUAAGUUGUAAGUAUUUGAAUGCUUUGUAGGUAAGAGAUGGUGAAUUUUAUGAUGUUUGUCAUUCACUAUUGAUUCGUCACACGAGCAAUAACGUUAACCAUUGUGGAGACGUCGCACGACCUGUAACGUUACGCAUUGUGGAGACGUUGCACGACCAGUAACGUCGCCCAUUUUGGAGACGCACGACCUGUAACAGAGAGUUUGAGCAAGACAACGAAGUACGAAGACGAAGGCAUACUUGACAAUUUUUGCCAUCUGUACAUUAUCUUGCGCAUACUGAGUUGGAUGUCACUGGUGGUUGUACAACGUGUCUUCCCAUGUGUCGCUGUUUAUGAAUACUGACCAUAAUUCUUGCCCUGAUCCAGAAAAAAACUAUAUCCCGUCUUUGUCCUUCUGCCUUCGUGCAGAACGAAGUUCACAACGAAUUUUGCCAAAAUAUUCGUUGUGAACGAAGGCAGAAGACGAAGACGGGAUAUGGAUUCAUGUCUCGCUGUUUUAUCUUGAUCAGGGUAAGGAUUUGGGUCAGCAUUCACAAACAGCUAGACAUGAAUCUCUAAUCUGUCAUCACUCCUGACCCUAAACUCAGUAUGCGCAAAGUAAUGUGCAAGACAACCACGUCGUCGUCUCCGACUUCGUUGUCUCGCUCAAACUCUCUAACAUCACCCAUUUUGGAGACGUCGCACGACCUGUAACGUUACCCAUUGUGAAGACGUCGCACGACCUGUAACGUCACCCAUUGUGGAGACGUCGCACGACCAGUAACGUUAACCAUUGUGGAGACUUCGUACGACCAGUAACGUUACCUAUUGUGGAGACGUCGUACGACCAGUAACGUUACCUAUUGUGGAGACGUCGUACGACCAGUAACGUUACCUAUUGUGGAGACGUCACACGACCAGUAGCAUUAUCCAUUGUGGAACGUAUGAUGAUGAUACAGGUAGAAAAUAAGAAUGAAACUAUGAUCAGAUAAAACAGAAAGGCGUUGAAUAUGGACAAAAUAUAUGAAAUUAUUUUUCGUGGGAAAACCUCGAUGCAUCCACGUACUUUUCCUUCCAUAUGGAACGAAAAACAUGGCUCAAGAGACUUGAAGUUACCACAGAUUGGACAGACAUUUUGAAGACAUGCUGAUAAAAGCAGGUGGAAAAAUCUACAUGGAUUCCCAGCUUAGCAGUUAAAACUUUCUUUCAGAACUUAAUAAUGUUACUAUUUACCUUUGGAAUUGAACUGUGGGGAGGAGUAUAGCCAGAUCGACAAAUUUAUCAACCGUGCAUACCGUAUUGGGGUACAGGGUAUAUAACAGAAAAGUCAAAUUUUAGUAAUAUCUGAGAGACACAAGAAGUUGUGGACGAAAAUAUUGAAUACUAGAAACAAUGCGUUAAGAGAACUUCUACCGAACAAGUUAGAUCGAACUUUAAGACAAAGGGCACGACUUUGAGCUGCCUCGAGUACGAAAUACAAGAUUUAUAAAUGCCUUUUCAAUUUUAUUUAUAAUAUAUAGUUAUAUGUUACCACUUCUUAAUAAUAUCAUAUAGAAUUUUAUUAGUCUUAUAAAAUUAGAUGAAUAAAUAUGUAAAUAACUAUUCAAAAACUCAUUAAUAAUGCAUGAACCAAUUAUCCAAUCUUAUUAUUAUUAUUAUUGAAUUGAAACCACAUUGCAGCCAGAAGCUGAAUUGCGUGGAUUACAUAUUAUCACAUGCACUACAUAUAAAUAUAUUAUUAAUACAAUAUUAUAAAAACCCACCCACGAUCAAAAUUCGAUUAAAAUAAGCAUAAAAUCUAUCCUACAAACUUCCUACACAUAGCAGGGAUAAAAGAGUUAUAAAGGCGGUUCGUGCGUGUAACGUACAUAUUAAAAUACCGAUUCGUCCUGAAAGAAUAAUCAGUCUCGUUCUUCGGGGGCAGCAGAUGAUGAAGUUUAUGCAUUGGAUCCUUGAUGAUACCCGUAAAGAGUUUGUCACACAUGUCCUCUCUUCUUUGAAAUAGAGUAGGCAGUCUAAAAUACUCAAGGGCCUCACAAUAUGUCAUUUCAGGAGAUAAAAUUUUUAGCACACGUUUCUGGACAGUCUCAAGUUCGUCUGCCAAAUACUUUGGGAUGGAAUGAUGGAAGGCUUGCGCACAAUACUCGAGCACAGGCCUGAUCACUGUACAAUAAAAGUUCAAGACAUCAUUGACAUUUACGCUUGCCCGUUUCAAUAAUACUAUAAAAUAGAGGCGUUUAUUAGCUUUCUUUAUACUCUCUCUGAUGUUAUCUUUCCACUGAAGUGUGCCUGUCAUAACAACACCCAAUAUUUUUGCACUCUCAACUAUAGGCAAUGCUUCUCCACCCACCAGUACAGGAUCAAAAGGUUGUUUAAUUUUUUUUAAAUCUUUUCUCAGUUCUUUACAUUUCUCAGUGUUAAGAGAUAGCCCAUUUGCCUUCGACCAAUCUUCCACAACAUCAACUGCGACUUGAACACGGCUUUCUGUGUCCUUACUAACUACUUCAGCAACAGUUGUGUCAUCAACAAACUUCCACCUCGAUAUAUCACAAAUAUCAAGAUCGUUUAUCAUUAAACAAAAUAGCCAGGGCCCUAAUUUUGUACCUUGAGGGAUACCGGAAAGUACAUCUCCCCACUCCGAAUAACAGUCAUUGGAUAAUUUCACUCUCUGCUUUCGAUUCAUCAAAAAAUCGAUUGUCCAGCGAGCAACCGCACGUGGAAUAGCUAAACUGGAAAUUUUAUCAGCCAGUAAAGCAUGAUCGAUAAGGUCGAAUGCUUUUCUAUAAUCGAACAGGAUGACUCUGACAGCAGAGCCAGUGCCAUCAGUAGCUUGCGACCAUUCAUGGAUCAUAGAUAUAACAGCAAGAGUAGUUGAACUUCUUGGUAUUACUCCAUAUUGACUUGGAUAUUACUUAGAUACUUAUAUUCAUGAUAGCUGGAGCAAUGUAUUUUUUAACAACACAGUCCUCGGCGAUUUUCGAAAUAGCGGCAGUAAGUGAAAUUGGUCGUAACUGCUUACAAAUGUCGCUAACGGGCUUAGUUUUUAUGAGGGGCACAAUGUUGGCAAGCUUCCAAGAUUUAGGUAGUUGUUGUUCGGCAUAGCUGCUGUUUAGCACAGCGCAUACUGGCUGUGCAAGGAUUUCAGCAUAUUCCUUAAGAGCCCAAUUGGGAAUUUCGUCAGGGCCUGACGCCUUUCCACGAUUAAUUGCUUUCAGUAAAUGAAAGACUUCCAAUUCGUUCACUUGAAAAGAGGAAUAAUUAUCAAAGGGGGGAAGGGUUGACAGUGGAUUGAAGGAGUUCAUGGGCUCCAAAAAGGCGUUAUUAAUUAAAUUCGCAAUGUCAGGACGUUGCAUAUUCUCGAUAUCGUCUAAAUGAAGUUGACUAUCGGAGCCGGUUGUAGGUACCAUACCAGCAAUCUGCUUCACCUCCUUCCACCAUCUCUUCGGUUUGGUCGAUUUAAGAUUCUUUACUUUUGAAGAGUAGAAUUUCGCCCGGCAUGUCUUUCGCUCGCGGUUAACCCGAUUCCGGUAAUACUUGAACUGAAAGGUAUUUCCACUGCAGGAGGCAGCUUGACGCUUCCUUAUAAGCUCUUUAAAUUCUGCAGUAAUCCAUGGAGGAUCGUGUACAUGCAAAGCCGUUUUCUUUAUGCCAAUAAUGGUGCUAAUACCGAGACGUACUAACUCUUCGAAAUACUGGAGUUUCAUUUCGCAUGUGUCAAAAUGAUUCAGAGAGGACCAAUCGAUAGAUGUAAGGUAUCUUCCAAGCUCAUGCCUUUUACUAGAUCGUAAAUCUCUACUAGAGAUAAUUCUUCUACUGCAUGACUUGGGUUCUCUUUUGCAAGGAUUGACAAUCACAACAUUAUGAUCUGAAAGACCAAAUGGCGGAAAUUUUUGGACAGAGUUCUUAUCAUAAAACGAAUGUAAGUUGGUUAUUAUUAGAUCCAAAGUCUGGUUGGCCCUUGUGGAAACGUUAACAAUCUGUUUGCAACUGAACUGUGUUAAUAUCCGAUUGCAUUUUAACCGAUUAAAGUCGCCUGCAAGAAUAAACCCACAGCCAGGAUAGGUGCUUUCAAUAGUAAUCAGUGAUGUGGAGAGAAAUUGGAGCAUUUCAUCAUCAUUAGCAUUAGGUGGAUGGUAAACGACACCAAGUAUCAAGCAGGAAAACCCGCGGGGAAGUCUACUUGGACGAACAUAGACCCACAGAACUUCGUAAUCUAUAUGGUGGAGAUGAUUCAGAGGCUUAUAAAAUAUCGUGUUCCUGAUGUACACCCCAACUCCUCCGUGGGAGCCCACACUGCGGUUUUUAUGAACAAAAUUGUAACCUGGAAUAUCGAGGCAGGAAUCUGAGAUACGGUCAUUUAGCCAUGUUUCCGUUAUACAGGCAAGGUCAGGACUCUUUUCUGUGACAAAACAACUCACUUCAUCAAUUUUGGGAGCUAAUGACAUCGUAUUUGUCAAUAGUAGUUUCGGAACGUAGAAAUAGUCAUUAGCAUUGGAAAUAACAGUUUUAUUAAUGUUAAUUUGAAUAAUAUUAUUUAAAUUACGUUGUCCGCGAUGAAUUGAAGUAGGGCGACCUGAUAGGGAAAAAUCAUGUUCUAGUAAUAUUACUGGAAAAACCUCAUAUUGGCUUUCCAUUUGUCCUUGCGAAAACCCUCCCCAGUCUGGUAGAUUCUAGCGCCAUGUUUAUUUCGUCGCCACGUCGAUUUCUUUGAUGGUGUUCUAUGGGUAACGCGAGUCGGGAUGGCAUAACAGUUAGUUAUGUCCGAAAUUUCCGUAUGUUUUGGGAAUUGACUUACUUGACCAGCAUGUUUUUGAGGCUCCUGCUUAUCAACUUGUUUUGGUGGUAUUCGAGGGUUAGGUGGUAAUUCUUGAGAUGUGAUAUAUUUAUUAGUACAGGUAUUCUCUUGAGUCGGAGGCGCGUGUUGAUUUCUAAUGCAAUUAGUGCUUGAGUAAGAAAUUAGUCACGUGCAUACGUCUUUAUAACAGCUAAAGAGCACUUUAACAAAAGACCAUUGUUAUGCAAACUAUAUAAAGAUUUUUAUAUAAAGAUUUUUAUAUAAAAAUUUUUAUAUAAAGAUUUUUAUAUAAAGAUUUUUAUAUAAAGAUUUGACUUAUUAUGCAUACGUUUUUGAAGCCAUUUAAAAAACUCGCAGGUCGUGUUUUAUUAGGUCUAAAGCCACUCGCGCUGCGCGCUUGUGGCUUUAAACCUAAUAAAACACUCCUGCUCGUUUUUAAAUAGUACAUAAAAUAGAGUAUAUGAUUGUAUAAUAGUUUUUCUGAAAAUUCCAUGUUAACUCAGACGUGUGUUUUGAAUUGUCAAUAAAGACUAUUAUUAUCAUCAUCAUCAUUGUCUGAGCCAGUUCGAUAUCUGUCCUUAUAAUAUACGUACAUGAAAAAAUUCUCAAUUCUGAUUGGCUAAGAGCAGUGCAUUUUUUUCGAAAACAGUUCCAAAAAAUGAAACACAGUGCAAAAAAAGAAAUACAGAACCAAAGUUCAUUGACUAUUUAGGCUUUCUGAUUGACUUAAAAUAUGAAACAACAACAAAGAUAGCCUGCAUGCAAUAAGAUACAGCAACUUCCAGCAGAAAUAAUAAUAAUAAUAAAUUAUUUCCAUGUGACUUAACGCACGUGGUUGCAUAAUUUUUCAUGUAUAUUAUUUAAUAAGUAAUACAAUUGUGAGUUUUUCAAAGACUUCAAAUUGACCAUUUGCGUAAUAGACUAAAUUUUGAUCUCAACAAAAAUUUCAUCACAGCUUGAAAGAGCAUCACAAAAUUAGUACUAUUCCAAAGUUUCGUUGCAAAAUGUUGUAAAAUGCGGAAAAUAUAGCCUUGCGAAAUUUGCAAUUUUCAGUCAUUUUAGAUUACAAACCGGAAAUUGACAGCCCCAAACCCUUCGAGGCUGUCAAUUUCCGGUUUGUAAUCUAAAAUGACUGAAAAUUGCAAAUUUCGCAAGGCUAUAUUUUCCGCAUUUUACAACAUUUUGCAACGAAACUUUGGAAUAGUACUAAUUUUGUGAUGCUCUUUCAAGCUGUGAUGAAAUUUUUGUCUAGACUUGUCUAGUUCAAAAUUUAGUCUAUUACGCAAAUGGUCAAUUGCACUCGUCCUUCGGACUCGUGCAAUUUUGAUAGUCUUUGAAAAUUCUCACUCCAAAUUGUACUCGAAACCAUACUAUUACCUAUCAGGAAUAUCAAAUAUUAUUCUCAUUUUUGGAAAUUACGUUCUAGUAUUUGACAGACAAGAUGAAGGCCAACACUACCAUUUUGCAGCGAAUUCUGAAGCUGAGUAUAACGACUGGAUUAAACGCAUAAAAAAUGCAAGGUAAUAUAAUGCAGUACAUAAAUAAAGACGUGUUACACAUUAUUACAUAAUUUUUGUAUGUAUAUACAUACACUGUAAACCUGCAUAUAGCAUGCAAACAUGUCACUUCAUGCAAUAUGAUAAAGUAUAUAUACUAGUUAAUUUCGUGUGCUUUCAAAGAUAUACAGUAUUUUUGUGGCUCCUCAGUUUCUAAGUGCAAGUCUGUUGCAGGUUUGUUGAGGGCCACUUUUUGCCGGGGUUAAUUAUACCCAAGAUGUUGUUAGCAUCUCACUCGAUUGAAUAUUAAUUGAAGGGUAUUGUACAUGGAAAUUAUUGAGUGGAAAUUUAUAUAUACAUUUAUUACACCUAACCAGGAACAGCUGCGAAAAAUGAAACUUUAAAUCCCUGGCAUUAUUUAAUCUUUAUUAUUAUAUUUACAGCUACGAAAAGCUUAAGGAAAAAUUGCAGAAGCUUUGUGAACAGAUAACUGAGAUGACUGGCGAGGUAAACCUUAUCGUUGUUAAUUUUCUGUUAUUAAUAUUUUUCUUUUAGUGAUAUGAUUCGUUACUGUAUAUUUAGGUCUUUUUGUAGGUUAUUUGCCUUAGGGUUGCAAGGAAUCAGUGUCAGCUCAGAAAUUCGUGUAUUGUAGUCUUUACAUACAUGCAUGUUAAAUUGCUUUCAUCCCUGAUCGUGCAUUAGGCCAAAUAAAAAAAAAUACUUGGUUAGCGUCACACUCUCACAAUUUUCAGAGGCGGGAGUGCGGGUUUUUUUUUAAAUUUUACUCGUUUUUUAAAUUUUUUAAUAGUAUUUUUUUGGGGAGAUGGGGGCGGUUUUUCCACCAUAUCGGUGAUAUUUUUUGUACUGAUGUUUCGAAGGCCGCCAUUUUGCUAUAAGAACCUUGACGUAUACCCAAGCCCACGCGCUCCUAUCGAUCAGUGUAUAGCGCGCGAAGGUCUGAGCAUGAGAAUAAUUGCAAAUAUUAAACUGUUUUAAGCUGUAAAACGAAGAUAUUUACAUUAAAAAAAAAAUUCAGAGGCGGCAGAAAUCGAGAGGCGGGCGGUGACGCUAACCAAGUUUUUUUUUUAUUUGGCCUUGUUAAUAGUUAUAUGAAACGCUAUUAUGUACGCUAUUAUGUGACGUCCGGCAUGGUGUUGUGAAAAACGUCGCUUGCUUAAGCUCUCUAAUGACGGCAGUAAUGUGUUACUACCACACCAGAUGACUAUAAAGAAAUGAAGAAUUUAAAAAGAGUUUUUCACCACAAUGACUUCAGGUGAUAAUAUAGUACAGAACUACACAUUACUUGAAAUGAACUCAAAGAGUAUUACAAUUUAUAAACAUGCACUCAUUGAUGACGUAGUAGUGGGAAGAAAACCUCGGUAUCAAUUUGUUGCUUUAAGCCCAUUUUCCACUAGACGAAUUUGUUUGCGCGAAGCGAAGAAAAAAAAUGUUGGCAAUGUGAUUGUUCAGCGAAAAAAAUUCCCGCUAAAAAGUUGGAUCAUUAAUUCCUACUUUUUUACUGUUCGCGCGAACAAAUUCGCCUAGUGGAAAAUGGGCUUAAACGUCGAACUAGAGUACGACUGGCUGCAAUAUGAUGUUUGUGAUGUUGCUCUGAGUGAUAUACAUAUCACAAACAUUAUAUUCACCUGAGUACAACACCAGUACUCAGUGCUCCAUUUGUUUUUAGCAUCCACUGCCGUCAAACCAUCCAUUCCGUGAUGACAGCGGGGUAAGCAUGUCCAUGAACUAACUCCUACUGUAUUUACGUCUACGUACUGUACACGUGAUCGUACGUUUAUGCGGUAACGUACUGUAGAAGUCAAAAUGUCGGGUAUUAGGCCUACUGUAUGUUUGCUGUCGAACGAAUUAAUCUAUUUAGUAUUUAUUUUAUUCUUGGGAUUUUUAGCCACCAGAAAAACCUGAAAACAAGCCAAUUCCAGUAGUACCAGAAGAACCUCCUUUGUUGGAAAUAAGCUUGGGUAAUGUUUGUGUUAUCUGACUGUGCAUGUAUACUCUACAAUAUAGCACUUUAGUCCCACGGACCUGAAUAUGAUCAUUACACUUACUGGAAAUGAAUUGGGAUUUAUAGUUUCUGUUAUAGACUAAUUGGUUUGCGAAAUAUAAACCAUCCCAUUCGAUUUAAACGAAAUACAUUUAACUCAAAAUAAUGCGAGUCUGCAUGCAUGUUGCUUUAAUUUUUGCGUUGCUUUUUAAACUUACUAACAGCUAUGUUUAAUUUAUUCCUUAGCUUGCAAUGAUCUAAUAAAGUCAACUGUAGAAAACAGAUUUCCAAAUGCAGUUGUGAUUGUGAGUACUAUGACACCGCCUGGAGCAACCUGGACCAGACUGGCGCAAACUGAAAUCAUAGAGGUAUGAUGUAGGUAGAAUGUCAUUUCUCGUACACUGUGCUUCGAGGAUUUUUCUUUGGGAAUUCCGGUUUUUUUCCCUCACCAUUAUGUAACUAUAUAAAGGCCGUUUUCCACUUCAACCGUAUCGAAGCGCAGUGUAUUUCUUUAUUCUCUGCAUGAGCACUACAGUGGAACUAUAUGACUUCAACAGAAAAGAAAAUGGUACGCUACGACAAAAUUGAAGUGAAAAAUAGCCUUAACGUGCACAUACCAGGAUUUUGCGAACUUUUUUUCAGCAAAAAAGUGAUCCAUAUUUCUUGACAACUGUGAGCAUACCAUCUGGAGGAAAUUUCAGUGAAGUAACAAGACUAAAACUUGCUGUCUUUGAUGUUCGUGAUCGAGAUAAAGAAGAGGUACUAAAAUUGCGUUCUGAUUGCCACUUAUGGCAGUGUGAUUUAGUCACCAAUUGUAAACUUGAAUCGCAUUCAUUUGAGUCAAAUUGAUGUGCGCAUUUGUGCGCAUAUCUUCCGUUCGCAUUACCAUGUGCGCAAUUUUCACAGAAUUGAAUUUGCCGACAAAAUGUACUUUCAACACCAGUCAAAAGUUUGAUAUUUUUUACAUUUAGUGAUGUGCGAAUUUCCUCACUUAUCACUUAUGUAAUAUUUCUAGCUGUCUGAAGGAGCUUCGCUGCUCCGGAGCUGGAGCCUGAACGCGAUUUAGGCAUUUAGGAGGGUGUUCUGUAACUGUGGUCUGAAUACGCAUUCUGUCCCUCCCGUGAAACCUGUGUCCGCAUUUUGUGGCAACAAAAUCAAAUUCGGUGCGCAACCUUUCAACAAAUCAUAUCAUUGAGUACCGACUAAAACCAAGUGUGUACGGUUUUGUUGUAUUGAUCAUUAUAUAAAAGAUACAGUAUGGUAAUGGAUAUUUUAGAUGACACAUCUUGGUCAAGCUGUUUGUACAAUCAAGGAUGUUAAGAAUUCAACGAAUCAGAAAAUUCAACUUUCUCUUACGUAAGUUUGCCUUUAUAUAAUUAGAUUUCCUGAAUAUUUACAUACCCGUAACACGUAUAGCAUGCACCAUGCAUCACAAGCAUCUUUUAUACCAAUGACAAUUAUCGGCAAACGUGUACUUCAAAUUUGUUUUACUUUACCAUUUCAUUUCAGUGGUUUAGAUUCUCCUACGCCUUCAGGGACGAUAACAUUAUUAGGCUGGAAGGUACGAAUAUUGGACAAUUAUUUUUUGGGGCAUCUGCAGACCGCGAUUCUAUUCCAGCAAUAUGCAGUUUUGUGAUAGAGUUUUACCUCGGUCGCAUGACACUCUCUCCGCAACGGCGAUAUAUAGUUAAUAAUAUAUAUAACUAUAUAUAGUUAACCCAUUUAGCGUCAGCGCUCUCCCCUUGACGAGUAAAAUCGUCUGGCGUUAGACAGAGUAAAAUAAUUUGGCGUUAGACAGAGUAAAAUAAUAACGUAGGGCGCAUCAAGGCGCAAUGCGACUCAAUGGGUUAAAUUAACCAGACACAUGCAGAUAUAUAGGCCAGUUAACACAUUAAGCGUCAGCGCUCUCCCCUUGAGGAGUAAAAUCGUCGAUCCUGGCGUUAGACCGAGUAAAAUAGUAAAGUAGGGCGCAUCAGGGCGCAAUGCGACUCAAUGGGGGUAUAAACACGCGAGCUAUAUAACGCAAGUUAACGGUCAAUUGCCUAAAUGCCCUAUAUUUUCCUGGUAUAAAAGACAGUGGUCGCAUGCGAAGAGUGAGAUUCUUACUCUUCCAAAUACUUCCUGUACAUUAAAGUGACAAUGAAACAAUAAGAGCAAGCCUGCACUGGACCUCUGCGUGUGGAGAAAGGUUUAGAACUGAUAGAGCCAUCCUAGUAUAUAUUUGGCAUACGACUAUACAACUUAUUAUAUCUAAAUUUUGUCAGGCGACCGUGGGAUUCCUCAGAUAAUAUAAUAAUGUACAUAAUGUUACUCAACUGUUACUGGACUGUCAUUGGUUGACUUCAGUGCAGUUAAUCUCAAACGACAGUGCAAAAGUCUAUAACAAACUGGUCUGAUUGGUAGAAAAACAAUGGGAUCUAAAAACAACCAAUCAGUUUAAAGCAGUCCUCAAGUAACGGCCAUUUUUAUGUAUAUUAAUACGUAAUAGGAUGGUUUCUCGUGAAAUUUGGAUAAAACAAGUACUCGUGAGUUUUUCAAAGACUUCAAAUAGCACUCGUGCUAUUUUGAUGCUCUUUGAAAAACUCAUCGUGCAUGUUUUAUCCGGAUUGUACUCGAAACCAUCCUAUAUUGCAUAUAUAUACACAUAAUAUAUUUCAGGUUGAAAGUCCUCCUGAAAAGCCUUUGGUAAGUAUACGUUUAAAUAGUAAUAAGUUUGCUGAUGGAACUCGCACGAGUUUAACAAAUUCACUCAAAUUUUAUAACCAAUCUUCCAAUCCUACCUUAAAUUAUGUAUAUGCAUGCAUGCAUGUCAUAUAAUUUAUGUGUUGGUAUUUCACUUUGUAAAUAUGGUAUAUAUUUAGCAACUAGUCGCCGAAGGCGAGGUGAUUACAAGCCUAUAUUCACUGAGCCGAAGGCGAAGUGAAUGUAGGCUUGUAAUCACCGAGCCUGAGGCGACUAACUGUUUUAGUAUAAUUUCAGUAUUGAAAAAGUCUUAAGUACUAGUUAAAACAUGAGCAGUCAAUCUUUAUCUACGACCCAUCUUAUCAGUUCAUUGGCGAAGUAAUUUUAAAAAUAAACAUUGUCUAAGCCGAGAAAAUGAAAGUUUAUGUAAAUCUUUAAGUUUAUGUAAAUCAGGACAAAUCUUUAUCCGAUUUACAAACAUUGAUUAAACAUUCAUUUCUUUUGUAUUUUCCUCAUGAAUUAUUAAUACAUUUUUAAAUUAUAAAUACAACUAAUACACGUGUUUAUUGCUGCCUAAGGCAGCGUACUAUUCUUGACAUGAAGUAUUGCGUUUACUUGUGUCCAGUCUCUUCGGCCGAGUCAUGUAUAGUCGAGAUUUCGAUUUGUGUGUGUGUGUGUGUGUGUGCCUGCCUGCCUGCCUGCCUGCCUGCCUGCCUGUCUGUCUGUCUGUCUGUCUGUCUGUCUGUCUGUCUGUCUGUCUGUCUGUCUGUCUGUCUGUCUGUCUGUCUGUCUGUCUGUCUGUCUGUCUGUCUGUCUGUCUGUCUGUCUGUCUGUCUGUCUGUCUGUCUGCCUGUCUGUCUGUCUGUCUGUCUGUCUGUCUGUCUGUCUGUCUGUCUGUCUGUCUGUCUGUCUGUCUGUCUGUCUGUCUGUCUGUCUGUCUGUCUGUCUGUCUGUCUGUCAAGCUGUCUGUCAAGAUGUUUUUCUGGGGAAAUAAUUAAGUUUCAGGAAGUUUUUUUAAACGAGGGGGCGGUCAAACUUUAUUUUGUAUUGCACUCGCAUGAUUCUUCUCCGGAUUUCAGUGCAUGUUGGAUUUUCACGAUGCAAACGAUCGAGAAUAUUUUGAAUAAUUCAGGUAAGGAUAGCUUUUAUAUUUCUUUCUGGCGAUAUACAUGAAGGCAUUUAUAUUUAAAUCUGCUGUUUGGUGUUCGAUAUAGAAGUAUUGAAACAAUAUGAUUUCACGAAUUUAUCGGCAGUUUUAAUAGCCCAUCGUCUCUAUAUUUAUACAAGAAGUCAAAAUGUACUUUUAGUUUAUUUGUUUGUGUGACGAUGUGCCAAGGCGAUGAGUUUAUAAUAUUCAUUCUAUAGAUGUCAACACGUUUUAAAAUAAACGCGGAAUGUUGUGUAUACACGUCUUAAUAAUUAGGCUUAAUGUAAAGAUAUUCCAAAAGCAAUCCAGUGUGGAUUGUUGUCUGCACGUAUUAACUUACCAGCAGUGACAUGCAAUAACAUGUCAACCGACUUUUGUACAAGACAUAACGGUCUGUAAAAAUAUAUUUCUGAGACAUGUCCAUUGUUAGCAUAUAUGUGCAAGGUGUUUGAUAUUCAAAGUGCACUUUUCCUAACUCCUGAACAGGCAUCCUAUAGGGGCUGUUUACAUGAUGGAAGGUGGGAUGAUUUUGAUGUAUUGAAAUAAGUCACCAGCUAAACGAAAGUUCAAACGCUGGUUAAUUUAACAGAACUCAAAUGUCGUAGAGAAGAUCUUGUAGUUCAAGAAGAUUAUUAUUGCUGCUUGAACAAGCUUUCGUUUACAGUUAACUAUAAUCUAUCUCUAGAAAGUGAUAAAGAUUUUUGCUGAAUUGUGCACCAAUAUACUGUAUGAGCAUGACUGACUUACUUCAAGACAUCGAAAUCAUCCCGCCUCAUAUCUCGUCCUGGCAAAGCGGGAUCAUAUAUACAGCCCCUUAUUCAGCAAUUUGAGCAUGCUGCCUCUUAUCCAUUUUUGGGGAGGCAGCACUUUCCUUGCGAUAGUAACUUCUAGUUUACUGAAAUCAUUUGCAUAAAUAAUUUACUUCCGCCUGAUUUUUUAGAGCAAUAGUUACUGCUCAGAGCAGUCUGAGUAGUAGCCUGCGUGCAGGCCCAAGGGAACUUGAUAGUGGGCCUGCAACCAUCGCCCGGUAUUUUGAAAUACGCCCCUUUUCAUAACACGCCCCAUUCGCGCGUCAAUUGUCAAAAAAGAACCAAUGACAGCACCCAAAUAUUAACAAACAAACUCGCAUUUAAUAAAAUGUUGCGGGGUUUUCUCUGCUUAUUCAGAACACCAAUAAACAAUGUGUAAAUGGCUGCGUUUUAACUCCAAAAAAGCAAGCAACGCAGUCAGUAAUUGCCAAAUUUGCAAGUGCUCAUUUUCAACUAAAAUCGGAACAGGCAAAUUAGGACGAAUUUCAACAGAAAACCAGUCUCAAACUUCAAAUCAUGAGGGAAGUCGGGCGACCACAUUAGGAUUUAUAUUAUAUGUGCUUCGCUGUCGCCAUUGGCAUUGUUAUAAAUAAAUUGUCUCACUUAUCAAAUCGUGUGUGCAAUUCUUGUUGGCGGCGGAAAGUACGAAAUUUAUUUCAUUUUGUAAAGAACUCUACAAAAGAAGAGAGCGUUCCGAGUCCAGAUCGUUUCGUUUUAAACGGCAAUUUAAUACCGCCUUCUGUUUCGCUCUCUCUGCGAAGCCUUGUAAAUCGCAAAGUGUUUCGAAUAGGCUUACAGUUCUUACAUGCAACUGCAUCUCAACAUCAACCAAAAGAUAAUUUUCUUGAGGAAGUGAGAACACAUAACGUAUCAACUGAAGUCUGUUUGAAAUUAAUGAAAUUCAAGUAAAGGUUACUAUAGUUUACCCCAGUCGUAAUUUGCUAUUCCAACACCUCACGACAAGCAAUCCCCAUUGGUAUAACGGCAAAAACAUGUCUUCCUUCAAAUAAACAAUAAACAGUCUGUUCUUGUUCCAUUUGUAAUCGAAAAAAGUGAUCAAUUUUCAAAUUUUAAGCUUAUCGAGAGCCUUUGUCUAUGCCUUUGUGAUGAAUCACUGUUCCCUUGUGCCUGCACAAUGGGCUAGGUUAAUUAAUUACCGAUCGCCUCAGCUAGCCAAUGGGAAUUUAGCCGGCGGUUCGGCCGGCGAAAAUCGAAAACAUGGGGUGAUGGUUGCAGGCCCACUAUCAAGUUCCCUUGGGCCUGCACGCAGGCUAUCUGAGUAGUAACUAUUGCCUCAGAGUUACUGCUGAGGGAGCCAAUCAGAAUGCUCAAAGGCCAUUUUUAGUGUGAAGUUUCACUUCACACUAUUGUGAUGGCUGGCAAAUUCACACGAAUCAGUCAAUCAGUCAUAGAGUAAACUUUCCGGGGGGUGUAUACGAUUUAUUUUUGUAGUGAUUUAUUGUACUUAGUCAGUACUUUGAAGGUUAUUUAGGCAAUUUCAGUUAACUUAUUUACAUAUUCUGUUAUCCUUUUGCCAAGUUCACAAAAAUUUCGAGGAAUCGCUUUCGUUAUUGUAUUUUUUUGUAAAUUUUAGAACAUUCGCUUCUCAUGUUGUGUAAAGGAUCUUUACCCCGGAACACCCGAUUUUUUCUUUAGUAGCGCAGAUGCGCAUGCGCUAUCAAACCGUAGAUCACGAUGGCGUGACGAUAUGCUAGGAAGGAGUGACAGUGUUGUUUUCAGAUGUAUAAACAUUUCAGACGUGAAUAUUGAGUAAUCUUUGGAAAUCUACGCAAAAUACAAAUUGAUCUUAUGCAUUACGGACGUUCAAUUAAGUGCCGAUAAUAUUUACACGGUAUAUUCAUUAUACACAGCUAGGAAGGAGCUAGACCGCCUAGGCAGUGCAGUCAAGUGUAUGAACAUUUCAGACGUAAAUAUUGUUAUAUUGAGUCGAAAAUCUUUGAGAUUCUAGGCAUUCAAUUGAGUGCCGAUAUUAUUUUCACGGCAUACUCAUUAUACAGAGGUACAGUACGUAGGCAGAAGCAAGACAGUGUUGUUUUCAAGUAUAUAAACAUUUCAGACAUGAAUAUUGAGAAAAUCUUUGAGAUUCUACGCAAUAAUACAAUAUAUAAAUUUAUGUUAUGCAUUACUAUCAGAUCAAUAAAGCAUAAACAACUAUUAAAUAGAAGCGGGUAAAUGUUUGUACGGCGUUUAGUAGUUUACGAAGAAAAUAACUUGAGAGACUCCUUUAUACAGAGCUCCUUAUUUAAAUAAGAAAGACGAAGAGAUAGCCAAUGGCAAUGUGUUAUCGCCAACGUGUUAUCGCCAAUCGCUUGGCUCGCCAACAAGCUUUAUGCAAUAGAAGAAAAAAAGCAAGCAGGUACAUGUAGCCAACGUGUAUUUGUUUACUGUCUAGCACAACGCCGUUGUCAACGGUGCAAACUCGUGUUCAGUGCAACGAUAACUCUACCAGAUCUUACGAGAAUCAAUCUGUAGUAUUCUGUACACAGAACUGUACCAAAGCUUGUCAAAACUGCUUUAAACACUGCUUAACUGUGAAACUAUCGAAAUCUAAAGUGACAUUAUUCAACACAUGCGAAAAGCUGAAAAUAGACACAACGUGACACUGGGAAAAGUCAAAGGUCAAUGAGACUUGUUAUUGUGAAACAUGUCAUAAUUAGGUUAAAAUGCGCAAGCGGAUGGAGCGGAUCCACGGAACGGAUAUGCGGAUAAAAUACGGAACGGAUGAGGAUAAAAUGCGUCCUUUUAAUGAUGUAACGACGUAGUGCUUAUUAUUCAUAACAUAUCUUAUACAGCUAUUUCAAUUAUAGUUUUAGAUAAAUUUAGCAUAGCAGUAGCCUCGUGGGGGUGCAAAUGAAAAUUUAGAAUAUGCAAAAUUUGGUUGUUGGUGAAACAAUUUAAAUUUCGAAUUGUCGCGUGUAGCAUCACAAUAAAUAGAUAAAUUGCAUCAGUUUCACAAGGCACGUUUCUGGUUUGUUAGGCUUGUUUUAAACGUCACGCUACUUGUGUGCCGAGCGUAUUAUAAAAGCAAUAAACAAUGAGAUGAAAUGCCUUUGGUAACUAUAUAUUUCGUAGUGUAAGGCAUCGGCUUUUCUAGGUUGUCGGCGACCCUAUAUAGUUCUUGCUGUGUCUUUUUCAAUUUGAAACUUCACACUAUCCUUGGAUCCCUAGUUCAAUACUGAAAUUAUACUAAAUAACGUUAGAAUUAAUAAAUUGAUGUUAUUUGUAGAGUUGCAAAAAGUAUUCAUUCACCUUUCCCCCGGGUAAAAUUUCAAGUUUUCAAACCUUCCUCAAAAUAUAUAAAUUAUGCCAUCCUAUUUCCUACUCACUAGUAUUUAGUAUUAAUUAUCUUGUUGAUUGCAUUGUACUAACACACAGACGAACAGUAUACAGGCUGGCGACGGCGUCUAGAUGCCGGUUACGAUUGCUACAGAAACACGAUUCCCAGAAAGUAUAGAGUCUUCCAUAUUAAACCUUCCUCACUGACCUCGCAUAUCGUAAAUCUUCCUCGCGGGUGAUACCCGUAGCUUUUUCGCAACUUUAUUUGUAUUAACAAAACUGAAAACUAACUGAACAACACAAUUUUUUAGCCAGACCCUGGUGAAACCUUUAGACCAAGAUGUGGAUCAAUUAACAAGUACGGCAAGGUUCUUUUGAUGUACUACUUGUUAGCCUGGAGCGGUUUAUCACUCACGUGAUAUUUAAACAUACUUUGACUCAAGUCGGGGUCCAUCAUUGAACUGAGGUCAACUAAAACAACAAAACCACCAAAUGGCAGCCAACGCAUCUUAUGCUCUUUCCUUUUUUAUUGAAAAGAAAAACUUCUUUUAAACUAUUUAAAACACGCGCUGGAGUAGCCUCCUCCGCAGGCAUCUCGUGGUACUUACCUACAAUAAGAACAUCAGUUAUUUGAAUAACUAAAUUAUAUAAGUUCUCGACGAUUAAGAGAUGCCUGCGGGGAGGCUAGCGCUGGAGCGUUUUAUCAAAUAUAAAACAAAUAUAUCUGUUGAUGCACGGACUGCGAGUGUUUUAAAUGACUUAAAAAACGACCCAUCUGAUGAGUUCAUUCAUGGCGAAGUAAUUUUAAAAAUAAACGUUGUCUAAGCCGAGAAACUCAAAGCUAAUAAAAGUUUAUGUAAAUUUACAUGAUUUUUUUCACGCAUGUAGAACCACCGAUAUGGCAGUAAUUUCCUUUGUCCUUCCUCAUGAAUUAUUAAUGAUUUUUUUAGUUGUAUUUAUUCUAUAUUUAUAGACCAAAAUUUGACAACGUGUUGCAAAGAUCAUUCAGAUUUCCGACAAUGUGAGGAUCAUGUUUUUUUACAAUACAAUAUAGCAUCAUUGGUGACAGUGCAUGCGCUCAAAAAUAUUGUUUUAUAUUUUUAGCUUGGGUACAAAUGUGAAGGUUGUGGAUGUGAUGGGAGAAAGCUUUCUGACAUUCAGAAUUCCUCAACAAUUAUUGUAAGUUAGCUCCGCGUUCUUACGAAGUAUGUGAUGUUAUUUUAUUGUCAUGAGCCAAUUCUUGUUUUCCUCGGAGUAGCUAUGAGCAUCAGUUGUACGCAAUUUUUAUGUCAAUGCAAAGAUCUCGUUUUCUUAAAG